AUGAGCUUCGUCUGCCGGUUGCGCCCGCUGCGGGCCACUCUCCGUCUGCGGCUCGGGCUCCGGCUCGCGCGGGCGGCCUCCUGGGGCGCAGGGCCCCGGACGCUGGGCACGCGGGCGGGGUUGGGGGACUGCGGCGUGCGCAUCGGCUGCGCCUCCGCCUUCUGGGGAGACACGGCGGCUUCAGUUCCCCAGCUACUGUACGGAGAGAAGCUGGAUUAUUUGGUUUUUGACUAUCUCUCGGAGAUAAGCAUGUGCCUGCUAACUGCUGCAAAAGUAAAAUCGCCUGAUUUGGGCUAUGUUCCUGAUUUUAUACAGACUGCCAUGGCUCCAUAUAUAAAAGACAUUCACAAAAAAGGCGUACGUGUGGUCAGCAAUGCUGGGGGCACCAACCCUCUCGCGUGCGCUGCUGCCCUCGACAAGAUGGCCCGGGAGGCUGGCGUUGAUUUGAAGAUAGCAGUGGUCACUGGAGAUGACAUCCUGGCAGAGAAGGAGACUCUGCAAGCAUCAGCCGUCACGGAUAUGGAGAGUGGGAAGAAGUUUCCAGACACCGUUAGGAGCAUGAAUGUGUACCUGGGAGCAAGACCCAUAAGCAGGGCCCUGGACCUUGGUGCCGACAUCGUCCUGACGGGGCGCUGCGUGGACAGUGCUAUCGUACUGGGACCCCUCAUUCAUGCUUUUGGUUGGAAAAGCAAUGACUUUGAUUUAUUAGCUGCUGGGAGCCUUGCAGGCCAUCUCAUUGAGUGUGGUGCCCAGAGUACUGGUGGACUAUUCACAGAUUGGCAUUUGGUGCCAGACUGGCACAAUAUAGGAUUUCCCGUCCUGGAGUGUUUUGCUGAUGGACAGUUCAUCCUCUCCAAGCCCCCUGGCACGGGGGGAUUGGUCUCCUUCGGCACGGUGGCCGAGCAGCUGGUGUAUGAAAUUGACGAUCCUCAGCAUUUUCUCUUACCUGACGUGACUUGUGACUUUUCUCAGGUCUCUAUUACUGAAAUUCCAGGCAUUGAAGGUGGAGCAGUGCGGAUUCAAGGAGCAAAGGGGUCCCUUCCUUCUUCCUUUUAUAAGGUAAGCGCUUGUUACCAUGACGGUUUCCGAGCAACUGCCAUCUGCCCAAUAGGAGGACCGAAAGCAGCGGAAAAGGGAAGGAGAACAGCCGAAAGUAUUUUGAAAAGAACUCGUCUUAUGUUUAAAGAAGCUGGCUUAGAAGAUUAUAGUGAAGUUCAAGUUCAAAUUUUAGGAUCUGAGGAAAUAUAUGGAGCACAAGCUAAAGCAAGUUUAAAUGAACAGGGUCCUCGACAUGUAGCUCUUUGGCUUGCAGUACAUCAUAAAGAGAAGAAGGCAGUGGAAAUUUUCUCAAGAGAAAUUGCACCGGCAGGGACUGGAAUGGCGCCUGGUCUGAUGGCAGUAAUUGGAGGUCGUCCAAAAGUAUCUCCUGUUCUAAAAUCAUUUUCCUUCCUGUAUCCCAAGAAAAAGGUCAAGGUUGAUAUCAGGUUGAUUAAUGGAAAACAUAUUGAAACCUUCCAUGAAGAUCUCACCUUGACACUGGAUACAUUGGCUUCACCAAAUUUACCCAAGAUAGAAGAAGAUCUAAAAGAUCUACCAAGUGGAUCACUGACAUACCGCUUAGAAGAUCUGGCCUAUACAAGAAGCGGGGACAAAGGCAACUCGGCAAACAUAGGCGUCAUAGCACGGCACCCUCUCUACUACCCGUACUUGAAAAAAUUUCUCACUGCUCAAGCCGUAGAAGAUUAUUUCCAACAUAUUCUGCAUAAAGACCAGCCUGAAGAAAAUUCAGUGAUAAGAUAUGAAUUGCCAGGAAUACAUGCAUUAAACUUCGUUUUGAAAAAUUCCCUUGGUGGUGGAGGCCUUACCUCCCUGAGAAGUGACCCACAGGGCAAAGCACUUGGACAAAUGGUACUGGACUUCCAGAUAAAAGAUGUUCCUGAUUUAAAGUCAUUAGUAGGUGGCUAAAAGAGGUUUGGCUUUGGGGAAAUUAUUCUUAGCACAAAUGCAAAAUUGAAUAGAAGGUAAAAGAAUAUAGAAAAUAUACAUUAAAGUAAACACCAGCUUGGUAAACUGAAUACCAGCAUUAAAAAUAUGGUCACUUGAAUGUAGAAUAGAAGAGGUGACUUUUAACAGAACAUAGAACUAUAAAUAACAAAGACAUAUGUGAGACACACAAGAGAAGUCAUAGAUAUAUUCUAUAGGCAUUUGAUGAUAUUUCUUUUUUUUUUUUCAAUCAAGCAUAUACUUAAAAAACUUGAUAAACUGUGAUUUGUUUAAUAAUGUACUCACUUUUAGAGUAUCUGAUCUUCAAAUCCAAGCUGGGAUAAUCUUGUUAUUUGCUUGAAGAGAAUCUUACUCUUCUUUUUAAAUGUUUUCAAAAAUCAUAUUACCUAUUCUAAAUAAUCUUUACACAUAAGCCUACAGAUUAAGUUCAGGUUCAAAGAAGCAUUAUAUAAAUUAAUUAGAAUUUUAACACAUUUGUAGUAUUCUCACGGUGAAUUUGGAAAAUAGAAAAUAGCUGAAUAUUUUAUCCUCAGUAGGAAAAAGUUUGAAAAGUUAAUGACACAAUGUCCUAAUGCUUUGAACUCAAAUUAAAUUCAAGGUUUGCUAUACAAAUAUUUUCACACUUUAAUCCAGGGGACAUUUAACCACUUUUAACUAUCUGUCAAUAUUUUCUGUUUCAUGGUAAAUGGUAUGG